AGCAUAGACCAUGGGCUCCUAGUGCUAGCGCUAUACAGAAACCAAUAGGCUGUUCAACUGACUUGACUGUACAUUUACAGUGCUUAGGCACAGGCUAGGCACAUGUGAUCUUGGACAGCGGGUUCCCAAUGAAAUGUAAACAUUUGCUUAUGGACUGAAGUACAUGGGGUUUUGGGGUUUGUGCAUACACAUUUAGACUUGGCUAUCUAUGUAUUGAUGAGGAACGGUGGAGAGACAUGAAGAUUUGCAAGGUGUCCGUCCGUCCAUGAGACGCGUCUCAAGGAGCCGAAACCAAGACUGCAACUACAUGAUUGGAGGAGUUUCUCUUGAACCCAGUAUACACAGUUUAUAUUUUCUUUUAGGUUGUAAUAUGAUAUUGUAUAGUUGCGUACAUAUUGGAAAAAUAGACAUGACCAUUGCAAGUUAACUCGUGGGACAAACAGCUGGAAUUUCAGAUGAUCGCGAGAGACUGAUUUGGUUCUUACGGCUGUGGAUAUUAAUCGAUCCCGGGCUCGAACGAGCGGGCUACAAUGAAUCCUCUAAAUGAUUGGACAUCACAACUGGCUUUAGUCAGUAACUAGGAGCUAUAUAAAACUCGAACUAUUAAAAUAAGUACAUUUGCUGCUGUUUGGACAUAUUUUCCUGGCAAAAUCGAAGGAUUUGCGCACAAUCCGUGGAUGUUUAAUAUGCUAGUAUGGGUCCACUAGCGUUCAUCCUUUUUGCUGGAUUAUUUCAAGUUGAUGGAUCCCGUCUGCGCCAGGAGGACUCCCCACCCCGGAUCGUAGAGCACCCCUCUGACCUGAUCGUGUCCAAGGGGGAGCCCGCCACCCUCAACUGCAAGGCGGAGGGGCGACCCAGUCCCACGGUGGAGUGGUACAAGGACGGGGAGCGGGUGGAAACGGACAAAGACGACCCGCGGUCUCACCGCAUGCUCCUUCCCAGCGGCUCCCUCUUUUUCCUACGCAUCGUCCACGGACGACGCUCCAAACCGGAUGAGGGCGCCUACGUCUGCGUCGCCCGCAACUACCUGGGAGAAGCUGUCAGCCGCAAUGCAUCCCUGGAAGUAGCAUUGCUGCGUGAUGACUUCAGACAGAACCCUACAGACGUGGUGGUGGCGGCGGGGGAACCGGCCAUCCUGGAGUGUAUCCCCCCUAGAGGUCACCCUGAACCAACCACCUACUGGAAGAAGGACAAAGUACGCAUCGAAGACAAGGAGGACAGGAUCACCAUCCGAGGAGGGAAGCUGAUGAUCUCCAACACCAGGAAGAGUGAUGCUGGCAUGUUCAUCUGUGUUGGCACAAACAUGGUGGGAGAGAGAGACAGUGAGACGGCUCAGCUGACUGUGUUUGAGCGUCCCACCUUCCUGCGUCGGCCCAUCAACCAGGUGGUCCUGGAGGAGGAGGGGGUAGAGUUCAGGUGCCAGGUGCAGGGAGACCCCCAGCCCAACGUACGCUGGAGGAAGGAUGAUGUUGAUGUACCCCGUGGGAGGUAUGAGAUCAAGUAUGACAAGGAGGACUACCUGCUGAGAGUGAAGAAGGCGUCGGCCAGUGACGAGGGCACCUUCACCUGCCUGGCAGAGAACCGCGUGGGCAAGGUGGAGGCCUCUGCCAGCCUCACCGUCAGAGCUCGCCCUGUAGCUGCACCCCAGUUCGUCAUCAGGCCACGGGACCAGAUCGUGGCCCAGGGUCGCACCGCAACCUUCCCCUGUGAGACCAAGGGUAACCCACAGCCUGCAGUCUUCUGGCAGAAGGAGGGUAGCCAGAACCUACUGUUUCCCAACCAGCCCCAGCAGCCCAACAGUCGCUUCUCUGUGUCCUCCAGUGGAGACCUGACCAUCUCGGCCGUGCAGCGGGCAGACGCAGGCUACUACAUCUGCCAGGCCCUGACCGUGGCUGGCAGCAUCCUCGCCAAGGCCCAACUAGAGGUCACAGAUGUGCUGACAGACAGGCCUCCGCCCAUAAUCCGUCAGGGUCCUUCCAAUCAGACGCUGGGAGUGGACAGUGUGGCCCUGCUAAAGUGUCAGGCGUCAGGAGACCCCAUCCCCUCCAUCAGCUGGCUGAAGGACGGGGUCAGUCUGCUGGGGAAGGAUCCCCGCAUGUCCCUGCAGGACCUGGGCAGCCUCCAGAUGAGGAGCCUCAGGCUUUCUGACUCUGGGAUCUACACCUGUGUGGCUGCCAGCUCCAGUGGAGAGACAUCAUGGAGCGCCUUCCUGGAGGUCAAAGACCAACCUGGUGUGAUGGUCAUUAAGAACCGUGAUGACAACGAGCUCCUUGGCCCUCCCUCCAAACCCGAAGUCACUGACGUCACCAAGAACAGCGUCUCGUUGUCCUGGCAACCCGGCCUGACUGGGGCCACGCCCAUCUCCUCUUUUGUCAUUGAAGCCUUCAGCCAGUCGGUGAGCAACAGUUGGCAGACGGUUGCGGACCACGUGAAGACCACGCAGUACACGGUCAAAGGCCUGCGCCCCAACACCAUCUACCUGUUCAUGGUACGGGCGGUCAACACCCAGGGCCUCAGUGACCCCAGCCCCAUGUCAGAGCCUGUCAGGACACAAGACAUCAGUCCUCCAGCCCAGGGGGUGGACCACAGACAUGUACAGAAGGAGCUGGGGGAGGUCAUAGUUCGUCUUCACAACCCGGUCGUCCUGAGCCCCACCACCAUUCAGGUCACCUGGACGGUGGACCGUCAGUCCCAGUUUAUCCAGGGCUACAGAGUUCUGUACAGGCAGAUGUCUGGCCUGUUUACCCCAGGACCCUGGCAGACCCAGGAUGUGAAGAUCCCCUCAGAGCGCAGUGUGGUCCUCUCCAACCUCAAGAAAGGCAUCAUCUAUGAGUUGAAGGUCCGGCCCUACUUCAAUGAGUUCCAGGGCAUGGACAGUGAGUCCAGGUCGGCUCGCACCACAGAGGAAGCUCCCAGUGCCCCUCCCCUGCAGGUUACAGUCUUGAUGGUGGGCAAUCAGAACAGCACCUCCAUCAGCAUCUCCUGGGACCCCCCUCCUCCAGACCACCAGAACGGCAUCAUCCAGGAGUACAAGAUCUGGUGCCUAGGGAAUGAGACACGCUUCCACGUGAAUAAGACAGUUGAUGCAGCCAUCCGGUCGGUGGUUGUGGGGGGGCUUCAGGUGGGGGUGCUGUAUCGAGUGGAGGUUGCCGCCAGCACCAGCGCAGGUGUGGGGGUCAAGAGUGAACCUCAGCCCAUCGUAAUCGGUAAGGACUUCCGUGACGUGAUCAUAAGUGGGAACAGGAACAACAGCAUCACGGAGCAGAUCACAGACGUGGUGAAGCAGCCAGCGUUCAUAGCGGGGAUCGGAGGGGCCUGCUGGGUUAUCCUCAUGGGCUUCAGUAUCUGGCUGUACUGGAGGAGGAAGAAGAGGAAGGGGCUCAGCAACUACGCAGUUCAGUCCUUCACCUUCACCCCUGCAGUGACGUUUCAGCGUGUUGAUGGAGGUCUGAUGAGCAAUGGAAGCCGACCAGGCCUGCUGAAUGCCGGUGAUCCAGGCUACCCGUGGCUGGCUGACUCCUGGCCUGCAACCAGCCUGCCUGUCAACAGUGGCUCCGGUGGACCCAAUGACCUUAGUAACUUUGGACGAGGAGACACCAGUAGUAAUGGGGAUAAGACUGGCACCAUGCUCUCUGAUGGAGCCAUCUAUAGCAGUAUAGACUUCACCACCAAGGCUAACUACAACAGCCCCAGCCAGGGCUCCCAGGGAGCCACCCCCUAUGCCACCACACAGAUCCUCCACUCCAGUAGUAUCCAUGAGCUGGCUGUGGACCUCCCAGAGGCCCAGUGGAAGGCCUCCAUCCAGGCCAAACAGGAGAUGGCCAACCUGGGGUACUCUCUGCCCGACAAGAACUCCUGCAACAACACACUCCUUUUCAUUCCUGACUACCGAUUGGCCGAGGGAUUGUCUAAUAGAAUGCCACACAACCAAUCACAAGAUUUCAGCACCACCAGCUCAGACCGAAGCGGCAGCCUAUCAGGUGGUAAGGGGGGUAAGAAGAAGAAGGCCAAGGUUGGCGCCAAACCCACCAAGGCUAACGGCUCCAGCUGGGCCAAUGUGCCCCUGCCCCCUCCACCUGUACACCCUCUCCCUGGCACCGAGAUGGACCACUACCCCAACGAGCGCUAUGAAGGAGGAGGGUAUGAGAGUGAUGGCUGGGGUCCUCCCAUGCCUGUGCAGACCUACCUCCACCAGGGAAUGGAGGAUGAGCUAGAGGAGGAGGAAGAGAGGGUCCCCACCCCACCCAUGCGUGGAGUGGCCUCGUCUCCAGCAGCGGUGUCCUUCGGUCAGCAGUCCACGGCCACCCUCACCCCCUCUCCCCGGGAGGAGCUGCAGCCCAUGCUCCAGGCCCACCUAGACGAGAUUACCCGUGCCUACCAACUGGACAUGGCCAAACAGACAUGGCUCAUGCAGGGUGGCUCCCUCCCCCCCCUCCCUCCCCAGGCCCCCGCCCCUCCAGUGGGGUACGUGUCCAGCACUCUGGUGUCUGACCUGGACACUGACAUCCCUGACGAGGAUGAGGAAGAGGAGGAGGAUGACAGCUAUGAGAUGUCCAGGCCUCUCUAUGGUAUUGAGCAGACGCCAGGGUCCAGCAUGGACAACCUAGACAGCUCCGUAACAGGGUCCAUGGUUAACGGCUGGGGGUCAGCCUCAGAGGAAGAUGACCGUCACUACUCCAGCCACAGGUCCAGUGUGGGCAGCUCCUCUGACGGGUCCCUCUACACCCAGUGUAGCUUCGCCCAGGCCCUGGUGGCAGCCGCUGACAAGGCAGGCUACCACCUGGAGGGCACCAGCCUGGCCAAGAGAGGUAAAGGGCUGUCCCAUCGGGCCCGGCCCAGCAGUCCCUUCUCUACAGAUGGCAGCAUGGUGGGCACACACAGCCUGGGCCACCAGAGGGCUGCCCGGCCCACCCGCAAGCCCCGGGGACAGGGCACCGCGCCCCACAAGAGAGACGCCAGUGCAGACGACCUACCUCCUCCCCCUGACCCCCCGCCCAUCCAGGGACCAGGGCCUAUCCAGGGAGCCCGUAGUGUAGGCGGUGUGUGCCCCCCAACCGAGAAGAAGGCCUCGUCCCUGGAGCGCCAGCCCAUGUGUGGUGCCAUGCCCCUGUCUGGGCUGGAGGAGAUGAAGAGCUGCAUGGACAGACAGACACGCACCUCUCUGGAGCGGCACCGCCAGGCCCAGGACAGACUAGCAUCCAUGGACCGAGGAGACGACCCACGCAGGGGACACCAAACAGAAGAGGGUUGCCUGCCCCCCUACAAUAAACCCUCGUUCCCCUCCCCUGGGGGCCACAGCUCCUCUGGGACAGCCUCCUCCAAGGGCUCCACGGGGCCACGCAAGGGAGAGGGACCUCGAGGGCCACACCAACGGACUACCACAGACCACAAUGACUUCCUGGGGACCAACGGACAGGGACAGUACUCAGGCGAGUUAUAGUGACCUGCCUGCAGUAGGAUCUGAACUGAACUGGAGAAAGCCUCGUCGUCCUCAUCAGAAUUACGCCUCACCUGUUGGUGCAAUGAACUUUAUCCUUCUUUGUGUAUUAUCAGAGGAGAGGAGCAGGAAGAUGACGAUGAUGACCACCAUAACAGAACUGUAUAUGUGAUGUAUAAACACAGACAUACAUGCUGUACAUCCCACUAUGUUGUUGUCCUCAAGAAAAUGAUUUCCCACCUUCCACCUUCAUUUUUUUCAGUCAGAAAAGAGCAAGUUAACAAAAUAAUUAAAACACCUUUAUGAGAAAACACAUUUUCAAAGUAACUGUCCUUGGGGAAAAAAGUGAAUCUUGUUUCCUGUAAAUAGAUGAUUUACCUUGUUGUUGCAUUGCUAUGCAAGCCUACUUCAGUUUGAGCUUCUUCAUUCCAUACCGUUGGUUAUAUCUAGUCAUUUGUAUUAUACGUGAAUUGAUAGGCUGGUGUGCCAUAAAAUAAUUGUUUUUACGAUCCAUCAUUUGUUAAUACCUAUCAUUGAUUAAUUAUUAUCAUUAUUAUUAUUAAUUAUUGUUUUUUUGCACUGCGAUUUUUGGUGAUAAGCACAAAAGCAUAGCUCCUACUGACAGGAAGUACCGGAAGAACAUGUGAAGAGGAGUUUCUCUAGAAAGAUGAGAAAAUAUAUACUAAUGUACAGAGAGAUAUUAAAGAGUAAGAGGUUGCUUAUGGACAGCAACUAAAUGGAUAUCCAUUCCCAAGGUAGGGCUAAUCAGAAAGCAGAUGUGUUUUGUUGUUGUGUCUUUGAGGUUGGGGGCAGAGAAGGGGCAGAGUAGAGACAGAGAGAGGAGGUGUUAAUGGUUAGCGCAUUGGGCCAGUAACUGAAAGGUUGCUAGAUCGAAUCCCUGAGCUGAUAAGGUAACAGUUAACCCACUGUUCCUAGGCCGUCAUUGUGAGUAAGAAUUUGAUCUUAACCGACUUGUCUUGUUCUAUAAAGGUUACAUUUUUUAAUUGUGUUUAUUAGUUGAUUAUUGGGUUAACGUCAUCUGAUUCUAUUGCAAUCUUAUAGUCCUACAAAUGGACUGCUAUAGACUUGUUAGAGCUGGCAGUUGUAACAUAACAUAACAUAUGCCAUUUAGCAGACGCUUUUAUCCAAAGCGACUUACAGUCAUGUGUGCAUACAUUCUACGUAGUUGUGAGGUAGUCCAGGCAUUGUCUUCUUUUCAGAACAUAACACAGCCACAUUACAAUGGACAUCUAGCUGGGCCCUCAUCUUCAUACCAGCGUUUAAAUACAAUUUAUUUGAUCUUCAUCUCAUCUUCUUUGAUUAUAUCUUCAUUGAAUUCUAGAGUUUUUGUUUUCAUCUGAAGAUCAUUUGUAUAAUGCGUCGAGCAAUAUGGACAAAGUAAACAUCUAGAAUCUAGUCACUGAAGCCAUAGAGUAGCACUUAGAAUACACUAUGAGGAGCCUCAAAGCCAUAGUUCAAUAGGUGUAAUCUAUAUUAUAAACUGGGUGUUUUCGAGCCCUUAAUGCUGAUUGGCUGAAAGCCGUGGUAUAUCAGACCGUAUACCACAGGUAUGACAUAACAUUUAUUUCUACUGCUUUAAUUACAUUGGUAACCAGUUUAUAAUAGCAAUAAGGCACCUCGGGGGGUUUGUGGUAUAUGGCCAAUAUACCACGGCUGUGGGCUGAAUCGAGGCACUCCGCGAACAGCACUUAGGCAUGGUACAUUGGUCAUAUAACACUAACCCCCGAGGUGCCUUAUUGCUUAAAUCUAAAACUGACAUACUACUUGCUUCCUUUUAAUCAUCCCACUGUUAAACUCUGGAUUGGGUCGAACCCAGUUGUAGUAAGAACAAACAGUAAUAUCAAUGCUAAAGCCACUCUAUUGCCAGGAAAGAGGCUUUAGGAUAGGUCCUUCUUUUGUUAUGAGAGUCAAACAUUUCUUUUGUCAUCCAUUUUAACUUUAUUUUGCUUAAUUUAGAGCACUUAAUUUAUUUUUACCUUUAUUUAACUAGGCAAGUCAGUUAAGAACAUUUUCAAUGACGGCCUAUAAACAGUGGGUUAACUGCCUGUUCAGGGGUAGAACGACAGAUUUGUACCUUGUCAGCUCGGGGAUUUGAACUUGCAACCUUUCAGUUACAAGUCCACCACUCUAACCACUAGGCUACCCUGGCGCCAAUGUACUCGGUUAAGAGCGUUGUCCAGUAACUGAAAGUUUGCUGGAUCGAAUCCCCAAGCCAACUAGGUGAAAAAUCUGUCAGUGUGUCCUUGAGCAAGGCACUUAACCCUAAUUGCUUCUGUAUGGCGCUCUGGAUAAGAAAUUCUGCUAAAUGACUCAAAUGUAAAUGUAAAAUGUACUCCACGUCCAUGGCAUCCCAUGAAAAACAUCACAAUGGCCUGCUUCUGCCUCAACUGUUGUGUAUCUGUUUCAGUCGGAGCACUGCAGUCCCUGCCUUGAAGUAUGGUACUAUGUUAUAAUUAGCACACAAUAGAACAUUAACUAGACUCCCUAUUGGGACUCCAAUUCCCAGAAUGCAUUAGAUAGUGAAGCAGAAGGCAGGUACAGUCAGAAUGGAGAAGAGCCACCUGCAGUAGAUCACACUGCCUCUGUCUCUACAUCAUAUAGCACUACUUUCUAUCUGCCUAUCACAACACGUUUUCCUUCUGCCACAUGGAACUAUUCAGCCUCAGAUGUUCAAUUUGUAUCUUCUCAAACAAUGUUCUUAUCAUUUUUUUAAAGCCUGUUUCUUUGUAUGCCUUUUAUGGACUCAAAAAGGUUGCUUAACGAUGUGUUCGAUAUCAACGUUCAGGAUUUCACCGGUAAAAUGUUUAUUUUUUCUUCUUUUGUACUGCUUAAUGUUGAUAAAAGGAGAGUUGGAAAGCAAACGGAAGGCUUUGCAAGAUAUGCUGUUGUACUGUUGUGUUCAUGUCACAUGUCAUUUCAUAUCAUCAACCUAGUGGCCAGUGUUCUGGAAAUGAGGUGCAAGGAGUGUCUCAGGUUAUUUUAUUGUACAUUCUGGCGGUGUUCAUGUAUGUGUGUAUAUAUUCAUAUGCAUCUCCACUCUGUUAUUUCAUUCCAGUUUCAUUGCUGAAAGAUAUCCCUCGUUUAUGUCCGAUGCUGUCCUGUCAUUUCUUUUCACCAGUGGUUUUAAUUCCACGUUUAAAGUGCUGGUCCAUCCACCUUAAGAAGAAGAUGUCCGGAACAGAACAUACCAAAUGAAUAUUGAUACUUCUAAUGUGUUUUUGUGUCUUUUUAAUAAUCAUGGUUUUCUUUUAAAUCACAGUGUUGUUGUUUUGUAUUUAUUCAAAUGAUAAUAAAAAGGUAUAUUGUGAAAUAUGCAUAAAGAUUUGUGGAAUAUAAAAUGUUAGUUUUUUUGUAAGCUUUGCUGUCGGAGAAGGCCAGGGAUGGUCAACUCCAGUCCUCAGGGGCCAGAGUGCUGUUACACAUUGUCCCCACCCCUAGCAAACACAGCUGAUUCAACCAAUUGCAUUCUUAACUGAAGAUCAUGAUUAGUUCAUUAUUGGAGUCAGGUGAGUUAGCUGGGGCAAAAAUGUAGCAUCAAUAAGGCCCACCGAGGACUGAAAUUGCCCAUCCCUGAGCUGGGCCAUAAGGACUUGAUUGACUCUCCAGGUCCACAGCAAGUUGCAAAGCUGAGUCAUUAGUUGUCAGAGACAAUGGAGUCACUGGGUCCCGCAUGUUAACAACUCUGCUCCGUCUCAUCUCAAAACGAAAGAAACUCAAACUUUUUCCAAACACAAACAGCGAUAUGCUCCUCAUUUGCUUGACAAGACAAUAGAUACAGAUGUCUUUUUGGAAGGUUGGAAAGUACUUUGGCUUUCCGUCUCUUUGGUUCCUUUUCUCAGUAUUGUUGGAUCUGUGUGUUCGUCUUUUUGCAACAAAAAAGAGGAUUAAAAAAAUAGAAAAAGAGCAAGUUGUUGGGUGAAGUCUUUCUGUACAGUGUCGGGCAAGGUGAUGCCAUCUCUCCAAUGCCAUUUCUACAUUCUGUACAACCUUCUGUAUUCCCUUGCAUGUCCUUGUCCAAGAAGAGGAAAAUAGUGGAGCAAGAAAUUCAACUUUUACAAGUCUCAUUCCCAUGUCCUGUAAGAAUCAAUGCAAGUUAUUUUCUUUCCUUGUACCUGGAUCACUAUCAACAAAUAAAAUAUUUUUUAAAAAUGUGAA